AAUGGCGAUCUAUCACUUCCAAGAAUUCUGGUAACUAUUAAGUCAUACCUUCCUAAAUAACCUCCAUGGUCAUAUCAUACUAAUAUGCUUUAAAAUUUUAAAUAAAAUUUAAGACUUCUAGAGUUAAAUUAGCUAAUUUUAAGUAAUAAUUUGUAACUGUUUAAAUAUCAUAUUCAUAUUAUGCCUGGUUGUGCAGUUUUAAAUUGUAAACAACGAUCCGAAAAUGGUGUAAGAUUAUUUUUAUUACCACAAGGUUCCAACAACGAAGAAAGAAGAAAUAUAUGGUUAAAAAAUUUAGGCAGAAUUGAUCCACCAAAACAUACCUACAUUUGUGCUAAACAUUUUACGGAAAAUCAAUUUGAAAAUCAUCGAGCAGAUGGUAAAAAACUAUUGCGUUGGAAUGCCAUUCCUACAAUAUUUCCCGAUAAUCAUGUGUCAGAAGUAUGUAAACAAUCAGAGGCACUGCCUGCUAUAAAUUUAAAUGUUUUUUCUAAUAUAUUUCAAUCUGAAGAUCUUAAAACAUGUAAUGAUAAUAAAUUUUCCAAAGAAUGCAAGGCAGUUCCUGAACAAAGUAAAGAUUUAAACAUUUCGAGAAUAACUGCAAUAACAGAACCGGAAGUAGAUAUAAAAGUAUUGAAGCACAAAUUAAAGUUAUUAGAAGAUCAGGUACAACAAUUAAAACGAGAAAACAAAAUGAUUACAGACCAAGUUCAAAUGGUGUUUAAUAAAGAUCAAAUUCAAUUUUUAAAAAAAGGUAAAAUGAUGGAUUGCCAAUGGCAACCAGCAACCAUUCAAAAAGCACUGAAACUUUAUUUAAUGUGUGGAUCAAUCGGUUACGAAGAACUAAGGAAGCAAAAUUAUCCACUUCCUUGUGUACGAAUUUUGCAAAACCAAAUACCAGAUUUUAAAAUUCGUGCAGCCAUGUUAAAAGAUUUAUUUCCUUUAUUAGAAUUAACAGAUGUAGAAGAGGAUGCAAGUGGAGUAUUCGGCAAUUCUUCAGAAGUAAAAUGAUUAUUAUUUAUUAUAUUUAUUAAUUAUACGACUGUUUAAAUCAGUGUUUUUCAACCUUUUUUUUUUAUCGUAGAGCUAUUUUUGAGUUGAGUUGAGUUUAAUACACUUGGGAAACGCCGAUUUAGACUGUUGUAUGUGGUUGAAUAUUGUAUUUUUUUUAAGUAUUUUUAUUAAUUUUAUUAAACCGAAUGUAAUUU